CAUUUCCGUAUCUCUCUCUUCUGGGCGUCCCGAGAUGAAUCCCCAAGUCGACAAGGUCGUGAGAAGAACGACUAUGGUGGCCACUGCUGUUGCGUCCUACUUCCUCCUAACCGCUGAUUACGGCCCCGAGCCAAACGCUCUUGAUCCUAUCAAACAGAGGAUAAUAUCAGUGCAAGACUCUGUGAAAGAGUUCAUCUUUCCAUCAAAGAACAAGUAACAGCACUUGAACCAGUACUGUAGACGAUAGAAAGUAAGAUGUAGCUGAAUAUGUUUGAGCACUUUUUAACUUUGUUCAUCGUCUCCUUUUAUAUGUGGCUUGUAGAGAGGCUACUGCUGUACUUUGUAUAGUGUCUCCACUUUACUCUUUUAGACUGAGAUAUGUUCUUAAGAACAAGUCAGUUCAUUUGAACCUACCUAUAUAGCUCAGUUCGAAGAACCCAAUCAGUUAGUUUAUGAAAGCUGGAUUUAUGCUGGUUCCAUA